AACUGUUGCGCUUUGGCGACCGGGACAAUCGUAGUGUAGGGUUACAAUUACGACUGAGAGCGGUUUCUAUCGAGAGCGGAACGCAUACUUGCCUCCGCACUUUCAGAUAUGUUGCGUGUCAAUUGUUUUAUCAUACAGGGAUAGAAAGUUUACAAGAUGCUGUUUGUAUGAAAUGCUCUGUUAGUAUUUCUUUUUGUUAUUGAACUGUCUAAUCUUGCCAUAGAGGAUAUUUUUGAUCACUUCCGAACGUCUAAAGGAGUGUUUUCCUCCCGGAAACAGACAAAUACGCACCAGGGAAAAGACUGUUAAAACACACGCGAACGAUGGAAAGGUUGUGGUAUUAGGAACAUAGCUUUGUUUUGACUUAGUUCAUAUAUUCUACUAGAUGAGACUUGUCAUAGCUAACCUUUGAUUUGGGGAGACAGGGACUAAAUGUCAAGAAAACUAACAAUUAUGAAUUCGUUUUGUGGAAGAUGGGCAUUCGUCAUGCUUUUCUGGACAGACUGGUAUAUUCGGGCAUACUCAGAAACGUUCUACAAAGACCCUAUGACAACAGUAAGCCUCUACUGCCAGUCGGACAAACAACAGACAUCUGAAAUGGUUAUGUGGAAGAAAAAACCGCACGAUGAAAUGCUGUUCUUUAUGGAAACUCGCCAUACUAGCGAUAAAUACUACUCACUGGACAGAAGCUACAAUGACUGGAAUCUGGUCAUCACAACAAUCCUGGAGAGACACGAGGGGGUCUACAUAUGUUGUCAGAUUGUUAGGGGUACAGAAAUCACCAUUAGAGAAUACACACUAUUCGUCAAUGGUCCACCGGAAAUACCACCCAACACUCCUUGGACGACAAACCUUGCAGUCGUGGAGGGCGACAUAGUCGACAUGCGGUGCGAUAUUAAGGGUUCUCCAAAGCCCUCUAUCAACUGGUUCACUCAGGAGGGCGAACAAAUAAACCCUAUCCACAUCAAGGGUUCUCUUCUACAAGUCCGCAACAUCACACGGCUUUGUGUCACGAAAUUUGUCUGUCUUGCCGAAAACAGAUUCUCUCAGAGUCCUAUCAACAUGACCUUUAAUAUUGAAGUGGAAUUUCCGUCGCAGAUGUUUGUAUAUGACGCAAAAUCACACGGAACGGAUGAGUCCUCCUCUACAAUCUACAGAAAAAGAGGCAUUGAGAUAAAAUUACGAUGUGACGUCAUGGCAUCACCUGACGUUAAGAUUUAUUGGAAGGUCAAGAAGAGGAAGGGGAGGCCCAGACUACGUGAACUAGCAACGUAUAUACCGGGAGAGGGCGUCUCGGACAGCAGUAAAAAGAAAGAAGAUAAUUUUUAUAGAUUUGAAUAUCAUCUUCUCCCACAGAAGAAAGUGACUAUUUUUGACAUGAUAUUCAUAACGGAUCAAGCUUUUACGUUCUCAGAAUACGUGUGUGAAACGGACAAAAAUACGUUUCCAGGCACAAGGAAGAGUUUAACUGUCGCAAUGCUUCCCUAGAAGUAUACAGUCGCCUAUUUUAAAUGGACAAAGGAAGGUUAUGUAUAGAUUGUUCACACUCUGUACAUUAAAAUUAUAUUGGUUUCAAA